AGGACUUCAUCUGGACUGUCCACAUCAAACUGGAAUCGUCAAUUUCUCCCGUGCAUCAACCGGAACCAUUAAUUGCGUCCGCGUCAAAAGCACUCUCCGACACGCACUGAUUCAUCCCAAGGCUCAUAUCGAUGAGCUCAGUCUCCAGGAUUCGCAAUGCGCUGAGCUUGAUUGAAGACCCAAAGAUCAUUCAGGACCAUGCCAGCGCCGUCAAAACUGUAGCCGAAAAGGUCAGGUCGUGCUACGUUGAGAAGCGUCCUUUUCGAAUAUUCCAUGGCCACACGAACAGCACGAGGCAAAACGUGCUUCGAAAAAAUGAGUCCAUCGACAUCAGCAGGCUGAAUCGUGUGCUACGCUUCGAUCUGGACAACAAGCGUGUUUUGGCCGAGCCAAACGUGCCCAUGGACAGCCUGAUCCAGGCUACUCUGAAGCAUGGCUUGAUACCACCCGUCGUACCCGAGUUCCCGGGCAUAACAGUGGGGGGUUCGUUCGCGGGCACGGCAGGCGAGAGCAGCUCAUUCAAAUAUGGCUUCUUCGACAAGACCGUAACUUCUGCUGAGGUCGUAUUGCCCGACGGUACUUUGACGACCAUCUCGAAGAGUUCGGAGCCCGAGCUGUUCCAAAAAAUGCCGAGCACCAUGGGCACGCUCGGUGUCACGACCGCGGUGGAGAUACAACUUAUGGAUGCUAAGCGCUACGUGCUGUCGACAUAUCAUCCAGUCAACAGCAUGCAAGAAGCCACCGACAUGAUCGAGAAGGAAACAUCAAACCCAGAGCUUGACUUUUUGGAUGGUAUCAUGUUCUCGCCAACGAGCGGUGCGGUGAUCACUGGUCGUCUUGUCGAUGACGUUCGCCCCGGCUGUCCCGUGCAACGCUUCAGUCGGCCGUGGGACCCCUGGUACUACUUGCACGUUCGCGAUGAAAUCUCGGACACGGCAGUAACACCCGUCACUGAAGCAGUGCCAAUAGCUGAGUACUUUUUGAGAUGGGACAGGGGCGGCUUUUGGGUCGGACGGUCGGCCUUCAAGUAUUUCCACAUGCCUUUCAAUAGGUACACUCGUUGGUUCUUAGAUGACUUCUUGCAUACACGCAUGCUCUACAAAGCACUGCAUGCAAGCAAAAACGUCAUUUCGUAUGUUGUGCAAGACUGUGCUCUGCCGUACAACACAGCCGCAGAGUUCGUAAGGUAUACAGACAAGCAUCUUCACAUAUAUCCACUGUGGCUAUGUCCUUUGCCAAGGCAAGACUCUCGUGAGACAUUCCAUCCUCACCACUCGACCUCAUCAGCCGAGGGCACUCAGAUGCAACCCAUGCUGAACAUCGGGCUGUGGGGCUUCGGGCCACGAAAACACGCCGAUUAUCUUGCAGCUAAUCGUGCGCUCGAAGAAAAGCUGACCUCGCUCGGUGGAAAAAAAUGGUUGUACUCACAGACUUAUUAUACGUCAAACGAGUUUUGGGCCUUGUAUCCGCGCGGCUGGUACGAUCGACUGCGGGAGAAAUAUCGCGCCUCGCAUCUACCGGACGUCUGGCAAAAGGUGCGGGUUGAUGUGGAAAAAGAAAAGAAAUAUCUCGGCAGCUGGAAGGGACGAGUCCUCAACAUAUGGCCCGUUGCUGGUCUAUAUGGUAUAGCAAAGGCUAUCAUCAGUGGAGAGUGGAGGAUACCGCGAACCGUGAGAAUCGCCGACAUGGACGUGGUGCGAAGGAUAGGGACAGAAAGUAAAAAGAACCUGUAAUAUGUAGCUUUAUGUUGUAUUUGCGUCAAGCAGUGUAUUCCCUAGUCGGCUCCAUCUCUUCUUACAUGGAUUCUCUACUAAGAAGCAGACAUUGUUGCCGUUGUCCAUUACCUGUGACCUUGAUUCUCGUGCAAAUGCGCAUACUUAAAGACCUUACGUUGAACAGCCAUUCCGACAGCACAAUCAUAAGCCUCUCAAAA